AUGUUGUGUGCGACGCGGGCUAUCAGCCGAAAGGCCCUAGAGUGUUCGGGUAUUGGAUCCGAUUUUUAUACGCAUAGGAAUUUCUCCACAAUCCUCAAAACUGCUGCAGGGCCGACUGUGCCAAUUUACCAGCGACAUUUACAAUAUAGGAACAAGUCAGAUGGCGUUCGCGGCGCUGUCAUUGGUAUCGACUUGGGUACAACCAAUUCAUGUGUGGCAGUCAUGGAGGGUAAAACACCUAAGGUGGUCGAAAACAGCGAAGGUUCUCGCACGACGCCAUCACACGUUGCGUUCACCAAAGACGGAGAACGUUUAGUCGGCACACCAGCUAAGAGGCAGGCGGUAACGAACAGCGGGAACACGUUCUACGCGACCAAACGUCUUAUCGGCAGACGGUUCGACGACCCGGAAGUGCAAAAGGACAUGAAGAAUCUAUCUUACAAGGUGGUCAAGGCUUCUAAUGGCGACGCUUGGGUUCAAGGUAGCGAUGGUAAAGUGUACUCCCCGAGUCAGAUCGGUGCAUUCAUUUUGAUAAAGAUGAAGGAGACAGCGGAAGCGUAUCUGAAUACAACAGUGAAAAAUGCCGUCAUCACUGUACCAGCGUACUUCAAUGAUUCACAGAGGCAGGCGACUAAGGAUGCUGGUCAGAUAUCUGGAUUGAAUGUUCUGCGUGUUAUAAACGAGCCGACCGCUGCCGCGUUAGCGUACGGCAUGGACAAGACUGAUGAUAAAAUUAUUGCUGUUUACGAUUUGGGUGGUGGCACUUUCGACGUAUCGGUGCUAGAAAUCCAGAAGGGUGUAUUCGAAGUGAAGUCUACUAACGGUGACACGUUGCUCGGUGGUGAAGACUUUGACAAUGUCAUUGUCAACUUUUUAGUGGACGAGUUUAAGCGAGACCAAGGGCUUGAUAUUCGUAAAGACGCGAUGGCAAUGCAACGUUUGAAGGAAGCCGCUGAGAAAGCCAAGAUCGAGCUGUCUGGUUCCCUUCAGACGGACAUCAAUCUGCCUUAUCUGACUAUGGACUCUUCUGGACCUAAGCACAUGAAUUUGAAGAUGACCCGCUCGAAACUGGAGUCUCUGGUUGGAGAUCUGAUCAAGCGAACAAUCGCACCGUGCCAGAAGGCUCUCCAGGACGCUGAGGUGCAGAGAUCCGAUAUCGGUGAGGUGUUACUCGUCGGUGGAAUGACCAGAAUGCCCAAGGUCCAGUCAACGGUACAGGAGAUAUUCGGUCGCGCCCCCUCCAGGGCCGUGAACCCCGACGAGGCGGUGGCGGUGGGCGCGGCGAUACAGGGCGGCGUGUUGGCCGGCGACGUGACCGAUAUACUGUUGUUGGACGUCACCCCACUGUCCCUCGGCAUCGAGACACUGGGCGGAGUGUUCACUAAGCUCAUCACGAGGAAUACGACGAUACCCACUAAGAAGAGUCAGGUGUUCUCGACGGCUGCCGACGGUCAAACCCAAGUGGAGAUCAAAGUGCACCAGGGCGAGCGUGAAAUGGCCACCGAUAACAAACUGCUGGGGCAGUUCUCCCUGGUCGGUAUACCGCCCGCCCCGCGGGGAGUUCCUCAGAUCGAGGUCACAUUCGAUAUCGACGCCAACGGAAUUGUGCACGUUUCAGCUAGAGAUAAGGGAACUGGCAAGGAGCAACAAAUCGUGAUCCAGUCUUCCGGUGGAUUGUCCAAGGACGAAAUCGAGAAUAUGGUGAAGGCAGCGGAACAGUUCGCUCAGGCCGAUAAGCAGCGGCGUGAACGCGUCGAGGCCGCGAACCAGGCGGAGGGCGUUUUGCACGACACCGAGACCAAGAUGGACGAGUAUAAGUCCCAAUUGCCGCAAGACGAGUGCGACAAACUUCGUGGUGAUAUCGCGAAACUUCGUGAACUGCUCGCGCAGAAGGAUACCGCUGACCCUGAGCAGAUCAAAACCGCCACCAACACUCUGCAGCAGGCCAGUCUCAAAUUAUUCGAACAGGCAUACAAGAAGAUGGCAGCAGAACGCGAAGGUGGUCAACAACAGGAACAACAGCAAACGGAACAACAACAACAAGAGAAGAAGGAAGAGAAGAAUUAG